CCGCUCGCUCUCUCUCUGCCUGGGUCUCCUCCUGAGAGGCGGAGUGGGCCGGGAGGAAGCCUCGCUCUCCCCGGUUCUUCUUUCCCAGGGACACAGAGAGAGAGAGGCGGCGGCGGUGCCUCUCCCUGCCUCCCUCCCUCCCGCCCGGCUGCCUGCCGUGGCGCCCGAGGGGAUGCGGCGGCGGCUGAGGGCGGAGGAGGAGGAGGAGGAGGAGGCGGCGGAGGAGGGGAAGCAGGAGGAGGAGGACGGCGGCGGCGACGACGACGACGAGAGCGAGAGGCCCCCGCGAGGGAGGGGAAGGGGCUGGGGGUGGCCUCCGGAGGAGCAGGAGCAGGAGGAGGGGAGCCGCAGCCGCUGCUCCCUCCGGCGGCGCCCUUGAGGGAAGAAGAAGAGAAGGGGCCUCUCUCUGGCGGGACCCGGGCGGCCGAGGGGCGAGAUGGCCUCCUACGUCGAUAACAACUUCCGCCAGGCGGUCAUGAAGAACCCGGCAGACAGGAGCCCCCAGGAUUUGGAGAUAGUGUAUUCUUAUUUACAUGGAAUGGAAGCUUUGUCUAAUUUGAGAGAACACCAGCUCAGAAUGAUGUGUGAAACAGUGAGAUACGAGAGGCAUGAAGCCAAUGAAGUUCUGUACUACCCUGACGAUGUUGGAACAUGUUGGUAUAUUCUUCUGUCUGGUUCAGUAUUUAUCAAAGAAUCAAUGUUUUUACCAAGGAGCAGUUUUGGCAAACGUUCUGCAGGAAGCUUCAGGCGUGGCUGUGAAUGCAUUGUUCUAGAGCCAUCUGAGAUGAUUGUGGUGGAUUACAUGGACGAAAAUGAAGAAUAUUUUCAGCGACAAGCAUCUCAUAGGCAAUCUCGAAGAAGAUUUAGGAAAAUCAAUCAAAAAGGAGAAAGGCAAACUAUUAUUGAUACUGUUGAUGCUUAUCCAGUAGGAAAACCACCUUUACCUAGAGGUUAUCAUACGGAAUGCACUAAACAGCAGCUUCCUGCAGAUUUUACAAAAUUGCACCUCACUGACAGUCUCCAUCCACAGGUGACCCACGUUUCAUCUAGUCAUUCAGGAUGUAGCAUCACUAGUGAUUCAGGAAGCAGCAGCCUAUCUGAUAUCUACCAGGCCACAGAAAGUGAAGCUGGCGAUAUGGACCUGAGUGGGUUACCAGAGACAGCAGUGGAUUCUGAGGAUGAGGAUGAUGAAGAAGAUAUUGAGAGGGCUUCUGAUCCUCUGAUGAGCAGGGAUAUUGUUAGAGACUGCCUAGAAAAAGACCCAAUAGACAGGACAGAUGAUGAUAUUGAGCAACUCUUGGAAUUCAUGCAUCAGUUACCAGCUUUUGCUAAUAUGACAAUGUCAGUGAGAAGAGAACUCUGUGCUGUGAUGGUGUUUGCAGUCGUAGAAAGGGCAGGGACCAUUGUUCUAAACGAUGGGGAAGAACUGGACUCCUGGUCUGUUAUUUUAAAUGGUUCUGUGGAGGUCAUGUAUCCUGAUGGAAGAACAGAAAUAUUAUGUAUGGGAAACAGUUUUGGUGUUUCUCCUACCAUGGACAAAGAAUAUAUGAAAGGAGUAAUGAGAACAAAAGUGGAUGAUUGCCAGUUUGUGUGCAUAGCCCAGCAAGAUUAUUGCCGCAUCCUCAACCAAGUGGAAAAAAACAUGCAAAAGGUAGAAGAGGAAGGAGAGAUUGUUAUGGUAAAAGAGCAUAGGGAAUUGGAUCGCACUGGAACAAGAAAAGGUCAUAUUGUUAUCAAGGGAACGCCGGAAAGGUUAACAAUGCAUUUGGUGGAAGAACAUUCAGUCGUGGAUCCAACAUUUAUAGAGGAUUUCCUGUUGACCUACAGGACCUUCCUUUCCAGUCCAGUGGAAGUGGGAAAGAAGUUAUUGGAAUGGUUCAAUGAUCCUAGCCUCAGGGAUAAGGUUACACGGGUAGUAUUGUUGUGGGUGAACAAUCACUUCAAUGAUUUUGAGGGAGAUUCUGCAAUGACUCGUUUUUUGGAGGAAUUUGAGAACAAUUUGGAAAGAGAGAAAAUGGGUGGACACCUGAGGCUGCUAAAUAUUGCAUGUGCUGCUAAAGCUAAACGAAGGAUGAUAACUUUAACAAAGCCAUCUCGGGAAGCCCCUUUGCCUUUCAUAUUGUUGGGAGGAUCUGAAAAGGGAUUUGGAAUCUUUGUUGACAGUGUCGAUUCAGGUAGCAAAGCCACUGAAGCAGGCUUGAAACGUGGUGAUCAGAUAUUGGAGGUGAAUGGCCAAAACUUUGAAAAUAUUCAGCUAUCAAAGGCCAUGGAAAUUCUUCGAAAUAAUACACAUUUAUCUAUCACUGUGAAAACCAACCUAUUUGUUUUUAAGGAACUUCUGACAAGGUUAUUUGAAGACAAAAGAAAUGGUGCUCCUCAUCUACCUAAAAUUGGUGAUAUUAAAAAAGCAAGCCGAUACUCCAUCCCAGAUCUUGCUGUUGAUGUAGAACAGGUGAUAGGAUUGGAAAAAGUAACUAAGAAAAGCAAAGCCAAUACUGUUGGUGGGCGAAAUAAGCUAAAGAAGAUACUAGACAAAACCCGCAUCAGUAUCCUGCCUCAAAAACCAUACAAUGAUAUUGGAAUUGGACAGUCUCAGGAUGACAGCAUUGUAGGGUUGAGGCAGACCAAGCAUAUUCCUCCUGCUUUACCAGUCAGUGGAACACUAUCUUCAAGCAAUCCUGACUUACUGCAGUCACAUCAUCGCAUCUUAGAUUUCAACACAACACCAGAUUUACCAGAUCAGGUUCUAAGGGUUUUUAAAGCAGAUCAGCAAAGCCGCUACAUUAUGAUCAGUAAGGACACGACUGCAAAGGAAGUGGUCAUUCAAGCAAUCCGAGAGUUUGCUUUAACUACUACCGCUGAUGCAUAUUCUUUAUGUGAAGUCUCAGUCACUCCAGAGGGUGUAAUCAAACAGCGGAGGCUUCCAGAUCAGCUCUCUAAGCUGGCUGAUAGAAUACAGCUUAGUGGAAGGUAUUAUCUGAAAAAUAAUAUGGAGACAGAAACAUUAUGUUCAGAUGAAGAUGCUCAGGAAUUGCUGAGGGAGAGCCAGAUUUCACUCCUGCAACUCAGUACUGUUGAGGUGGCAACCCAGCUUUCAAUGCGUAACUUUGAACUGUUCCGGAACAUUGAACCUACAGAGUAUAUAGAUGACUUGUUUAAACUGAAAUCUAAAUCUAGCUGUGCUAACUUGAAAAAGUUUGAAGAAUUAAUAAACCAAGAAACCUUUUGGGUAGCAUCUGAGAUUCUGCGAGAAACCAACCAACUGAAAAGGAUGAAGAUAAUUAAGCACUUCAUUAAGAUAGCAUUGCACUGCAGGGAAUGCAAAAACUUCAACUCCAUGUUUGCAAUAAUAAGUGGCCUGAACUUAGCUCCAGUUGCAAGACUGCGUACCACUUGGGAAAAACUUCCAAGCAAAUAUGAAAAAUUAUUUCAAGAUCUCCAAGAUUUGUUUGAUCCAUCUAGGAACAUGGCAAAAUACCGCAAUAUCUUGAAUAGCCAAAACCUACAGCCUCCAAUUAUUCCGCUGUUCCCUGUAAUAAAAAAAGACCUUACAUUUCUUCAUGAAGGAAAUGACUCAAAAGUAGAAGGUUUAGUCAAUUUUGAGAAACUGCGAAUGAUUGCAAAAGAGAUCCGCCAUGUAGGUCGAAUGGCUUCUGUUAACAUGGAUCCUGCUUUAAUGUUCAGGACUCGGAAGAAGAAGUGGAGGAGUCUGGGGUCUCUCAGUCAAGGCAGUACAAAUGCAGCAGUAUUAGAUGUUGCACAAACAGGUGGACACAAAAAGCGGGUUCGACGCAGUUCCUUCCUCAAUGCCAAAAAGUUAUAUGAAGAUGCCCAGAUGGCUCGUAAAGUCAAGCAGUAUCUCUCUAAUUUAGACCUGGAGAUGGAUGAAGAGAGCCUUCAGGCCCUCUCUCUGCAAUGUGAACCAGCCAGCAAUACAUUACCCAAAACUUCUGGGGACAAGCGAUCUGGAAAGCCUGAAACAUCCCCAGUUGCACAUAGGUCAGUGAUCCAGCAAAAGGUGCAGCAGCAACAGCAGCACAAACCAAACCAAGCAUUGCAGGUUCCUGCUGUGUCACUUUAUCCUUCCCGUAAGAAAGUACCAGUCAAGGAUCUUCCACCAUUUGGGAUAAAUUCCCCACAAGCUUUGAAGAAAAUUCUUUCACUCUCUGAAGAAGGAAGCUUAGACCGUCAUAAGAAGCAAGCUGAGGACACUAUUUCAAAUGCAUCUUCACAGCUAUCUUCUCCUCCCACCUCACCUCAGAGCUCUCCAAGGAAAGGUUAUACUCUUGCUCCCAGUGGCACAGUGGAUAACUUUUCAGACUCUGGUCACAGUGAAAUUUCUUCCAGAUCUAGCAUUGUCAGCAAUUCUUCAUUUGACUCUAUGCCAGUGUCACUACAUGAUGAAAGGAGACAGAGGCACUCUGUCAGCAUUGUGGAAACUAAUCUGGGAGUGGGCAGAAUUGACCGAAGAGCCAUAAUUGAACCAGAUCAGUACAGUCUAGGCUCCUAUGCACCACUGUCAGAGAACAGAGGCUUGUAUGCUGGGGCAACCAUGCUUUCUUCUCCCAGUACAGAAGAGUUGUCACAGGAUCAGGGAGAUCGAGCAUCACUUGAUGCAGCAGAUAGUGGUCGUGGUAGCUGGACUUCUUGCUCAAGUGGUUCCCAUGACAACAUACAGACAAUACAGCACCAGCGAAGUUGGGAAACUCUUCCUUUUGGACAUGCUCAUUUCGAUGGUUCAGGCGAUGGGGCAGGACUGUGGGCCUCAGGCAGCCACAUGGACCCGAUGAUGUUCUCCGAUCAUGGCACAAAGUAUGGCAGGCAGAGUCAAGGUAGGGAGGGCCUUGAUCAAGCACAGUCCAGAGCAAGCUGGGCAUCCUCCACAGGCUACUGGGGAGAGGACUCUGAAGGUGAUACAGGUACCAUAAAACGGAAGGGUGGGAAGGAUGUGUCAAUUGAAGCUGAAACCAGUAGCAUAACGUCCAUAACAGCAGAGGACUCAAAGCCAGUUCCCAUGCCAGCUCAUAUAGCUGUUUCAACAAGUAAUACAAAGGGUCUUCUUGCUCGAAAAGAGGGUCGCUAUCGUGAACCACCACCAACCCCACCUGGUUAUGUAGGAAUACCUAUUGAUUUCACAGAAGGGGUUUCCCAUCAACCUCGAAAACCACCAGAUUACAACAUAGCACUUCAGAGGUCUAGAAUGGUGGCACGUUCAAGCGAAACCCCUGGGACUUCAGCUUCAGUUUCACAACAGCAAACACAGGGUCAUUCAUCUGGCAGACCUGUUAACAAACCUCAGUGGCAUAAACCAAAUGAGUUAGACCCACAUCUUGCUCACUAUCAGUCUCAAGGGUUUUCCACAGAAGAGGAUGAAGAUGAGCAAGUCUCUGCCGUCUAAAGAACUGGGGCUUUCUGGAUCCUGAGCAAGCCAACUUAAAGGAGAGCACAAGAUGAUGCCCCUAGUAUAGGAGCCUUGGAACUCUAAUUAAAGGAUGGUGGACCUGUUUGCCUCCUUCCCUGCCUUAAAGCAGCAUGGGGCUUCUUCUCUCCCUUCUUCCCUCACUCUUCUCCCCCUUGCAUGUGAAAUACUGUGAAGAAAUUGCCCUGGCACUUUUCAAACUGUGUUGCUUGAAUGCACAGUGCAGCGUUCUCCCAGCUACCACUGUCGCUGUCUGUCACAUCACACAGUAUCAUUCCAAAUUCCAAGUUCAACUCAUCAGAAUGAUUAAGUCUGACUGCACCUCCCUGAUGCCUGGAAGCAUUUUUUAAAAUUCUUCCUCAGAAUUUAAUGAUGAUCCUAGCACUUCACCUCGUUGGGAUAAUGAGAUCAACUAGUUGACAAGCUACAUUUGGCCUUUAACCUAUUAGGAAAAAAUGUGUUGAAAUCCUUCAAGUACACAGUGCUUAUUUGCUUGUUUACAAUGCCUUUGUUGCUGUUCUAAAUGUUGUGUUCAGAAAGGAAAAAAGUUACACCUUCAUAAUUACAGUAUUAUUUUGUACUUUUUAAGAUGGUUUGCCAGCCUGGACUACUUCUUGUGGGGCAGGGGGAACGAUUGUGUGGUUAAGUAAAGAUGAUGUGAUCUGUAGGGGGGAAUUCAGCCUUUCAUUGACCUUUGAGCUCCAUUUUUAGUGUUUCACUGGAAGCACAGUUCAUAAAUGGUAGGAUUUGCUGCAAGUAAUCAGUUGAGAAAGAUAACCUUUUGUAUCCCUCUCCUGUGUCCUGAAGAAUACAGGAUGGUGAGUGAAAACAUUUUCUCCAAUCAGAGGACAAAUUGCAACUAAAUCUUUUAAAAUAUUUUCCUUCACACACACCCCAACCUCACCCCACCCCUGCAUAGAUGUUGUCACAAAUAAAUUAUAAUGAUAACACUACAGUUAAUGCAAUUCAGAAAACUGCUGCUAAUGCAAGCUCUUAAUACUGAUCCAAUAAUCUUGUUUCUAUUGGCUUAGUAUUGAGAAAUGUUGAACCUUUUAAAGAGAAAUAAUCAGUGUAGAUCAGCCAGCUUUGAUAGUGCAAACACAUUCACAACUGUGGAUGGCUUUUAUGGAACACUGCAUGUGUAGAGAAGGCCAAUGGGUAGCAAUCACCUGUUCAGAGCUGCUAUUAAACCUUGAGGGAUGACACUCCCACCCCUUCUAUUUUUAUGUUGGUUUUGCACAGACUCCGGAAAAAGUGAAGGCUGCCAAUCCAAGUAGAACACAGAUGUGAGGAACUGCUGGUCUUGGAUUUUUUUCAUUGAACUCAGCUGAUCAUAUUGAUCAGUAGAUAAACGUAAAUAGCUUCAACUUCUAAAGAUCAAAUUGCAGUGUUUUUUCACUGUAUUGAACAAUGUCAGUGCUUUAUUUAAUUAUACUUUUUCCUCUAAUCAUGGCUUUUUGUCUAUUUGCUUAUAUAUCACAUUGUCAAUUAUGCAUUUGUAAUUUUACAUGUAAUAUGCAUUUGCCAGUUUCAUUAUAUAGGCUAUGGACCUCAUGUGCAUAUAGCAAGACAGAACAAACCUAGCUGUAUCACAAGUUGCACAAAUGUUAUAUAGGCAUUAAGUAAUUGUAGACCAUAGGACUGCUAAUCUCAGUUCACUCUGUGAUGUCAAGUGCAGAAUGUACAACUAACUGGUGAUUUCCUCAUACUUUUGAUACUACUUGUACCUGUAUGUCUUUUAGAAAGACAUUGGUGGAGUCUGUAUCCCUUUUGUAUUUUUAAUACAAUAAUUGUACAUACUGGUUAUAUAUUUUUGUUGAAAAUGGUAGAAAUGUACUAUGUUUAUGCUUCUAUCCAGUUUUGUAUGAAGCUGGAAUAUAAAUAAAUAUAAUGUUAAUGAUC